CACAUUCCUGCGACAGCUCCUCGCCAUCAGGAUGGCCACUAUGCCUUGGCCGAUCUGGUGUAGUCGUCCAUCUUGGCCCUCUCGAUCCCUCCGUCGUCCGGAAUAGGGACUGCUACCUGUGCGUCAGAAGCCGCAGCGCUCCGGGUCUUGAGAUCGCGCUGACUUGGCGAAAACAGCAACAGGUGCACUGCCAUACCAUAGCCGAGUUUCGCGACCCCCUACACUCCUUAGAUGACAUAAUGUGUUCGAGCAUCAGAUCCGUAUCGGAUCUCGAGAUCAACUCCUACGACGACUACGACGGCGUGGAGCUUCCGGAGCUCCUCCAGAACCUACUGGUGUCCGUGGAGCACGCCAUCAAACGCGUUCCCCUGGACGAUCUGACGUUUCCCUGUCCUCAGUGUCUGCAGUACCUGCCGUUGGAUAGGCAGGAGGAUGACGUGACGGCUUGUGCGUGCCAGUGUUCUUGUAGAUUACCUGAGAGUCCCAUCAUUAAGAAAGACACUUCCAUUCAAACUAGUCCAAUGUUCGAAUUUGUCGGUUCCAUUCCCCACAUCGAUAGCGAUGAGGACGACGAUAAGGAAUCUGUUAGAUCAGGUGCAUCGAAUAAGAAAUUAGAAAUAGCCAAGCCAAAAAGGAUAAACGAACUUCCAGAGAAACUACUGAUGUCGGGAAUAAAUCUACCAGGUACCACGGACACAGAUGGACGACCAAUUAUUCUGUGUUACGCGGAGUGCAUUGCUCGGGCUGGCCUUAACAAGUACGAAAUUGCAAAACUGCUUUUGUAUUACUCUUCGAUUCCAACUGCUGAAAACAAGGGAAAAGGAUUUUCUGUCCUACUUCUUGCAGAAAACGAAGCGGACUACAAAGUACUGGAAAUCCUGGACAAGUCGAUAUGCCUUAUUCUCAAUUCUAUGUUGGUAAACAGAUUUCUUAUAUGGACGCCGGGCUUGAGGGGCCACAGGCAUGUUAAGGAACUAGCGAGUCGUGUUCAGGUAAUAUUUGUUUCUGGCGAAGCCUCUUUGAACAAAUAUAUUAGCCGGGAUCAAGCUCCAGCAAGUUGUGGCGGUUCCUGCACCCACGACCAGCUUGAAUGGGUCGAAUUCUUCAAGCAACUAGAGCCAUUUGUAGCUGCCUGCAGAUCGGCAGGGAAAAGUCUUCUAUCCACCUUGUCCCAACUCAGAAACGAGGAAGUGCCGCACCAAAUUACACGGAGAUUUCUGAACCACCAAUGCAGGCAAAUCACGAAAGCCUUGGAAUCGGAGAAUAUCCAAAAACUUGGAAGAGAGGGAAACAAGACUUUAACAAGCUUAGCCGAGCGGAGCCAGUGGCUGGCCAAUAGUGCGGAUGUCAAGCGCUGUAACAGUUUUGCGAACGAUUCUUACAAUUCCGUUGAAAAGGUCACCAAAAGAAUGGAACAGCUAAAGCAGGAACGAAUAGAGAGGCUUAAAGAGCUUGCUAGAUUCCGUACUCUACAGGAUGAAGCUGACGAGCUUCUUUCGUGGACUAAAAAGGUCGGCGAGGAAACACUGAAUAGUUUGACUUUGCUCUUACGUUCUGCCGGCGACUCUGCAGGUGUCAAAGAAGUCGCCAACGACUUUGAGAAGUUCUUCUUUAACGCAUGGAGGCAAAUAGAAAAGUCCAACGAUCUAUAUGAAGAAUGUAAAAAUAUAAAAGAAUUCAAGGGUCAACCGUUGAAAGAGUUGACCAGCAACUUGCUGAUUCUGAUGAAAGCCUUUAGAGAGAAGUUGGAAGAUACGCGAGAAAAAAUUGAAGACAGUUCAAGAUGUUUUUUACUGCUUGAAUCGUGCCAAGACAUCUUGGACGACGAUGGUAAAGAGCAAGAGGAGUUCAUUAAACUCGCCAAGAAGUGCGGAAACGAUAAGUUGAAUCAGAUUUGUAAGAACGCCAGAGACCAUCGAGACAUCUCCGACACCAAUCACCCACCCGACAGAGAAAGAAAUCAGCAAGACAAAAGCCCUCCCUACUCGUGCACCGAAAUCAGCGCCUCCAGUACACCUGUAAAACCCCAAGGUUCCCAAAUAAGAAGAAGAUCAGUCAGUUCCCUCGCAUUCAUAUACCACUGCAACCACCAUGCGGCCGGGGAAAUGUGUAACUGUUGCGAGUCCGAUGCCGAGAACACCGUAUCUUACAAACUCAAGAAAAAAUACAUACAGACACUGCAGAACUGCGUCUGCAACAACAGCGUGGGUGGCAAAGACACUCUAGAGCGUAAAAACAGCGGAACUUUAGGUGGAAUUAAAGAGGAGCGCGAGAGCGUUGAGAAUCUUUUAGAAAAAAUUGAAUCCGAACAUAACGAUUGUACCCGAUGUGAUAGUGGAGUCUCCACGGCCGACAAUUCUGUCGGCGAGGAAAGUGUGUAUAACAUGAAGAAAAAACUGCAAAGAACAUGUUCGUGUCAGUACUUUAGGGAAAGUUGCGCGCUGUGUAGUGCCGGUAGUUCUAGUGCCGGGUCCAAUCAGGAUCACACAGAAAACCAACAAGAUAGUAUUAUUGAAGAGGGAAGCGACAGCUUCUUGAAGAGUAACAGUAGUGAUGACAUCGAGGAAGAUCACUAUUCCGAAGAAAGAAGAAAAGUUCCUCCUGUAUCCGCAAACAACCACCUGUACUGCCAUGCUUCUACGCUGGAUUUGCCUUCCGAUGCCUUGUACAACAAUAUGGACCCAAAGACUCAAAAAACGUUAAAAUAUAUUAUUAAAGAGAUGAUAGAGACGGAGAGGGAUUAUGUUAAGUCCCUAGACUAUGUAAUAGUUAAUUACAUACCAGAGUUACAAAGGGAAGACAUACCCCAAGCCCUUCGCGGUCAAAGAAAUACAGUCUUUGGCAAUGUAGAGAAAAUAUACGAGUUUCAUAGUCAACACUUCUUGACCGAGCUGGAGGAAUGUGAAAAUAGUCCACUGCAAGUGGGUCAAAUUUUCCUUAAAUACGACAAGAGGUUUUACUUGUACGCUUUGUACAACAAGAAUAAACCGAAGUCGGAUUCGUUAAUGUCCGAGUACGGAUCACUGUUUUUUAAGAGCAAACAAAUGGAGCUAGGCGACAAAAUGGACUUGGCCAGUUACUUACUGAAACCCGUUCAAAGAAUGGGCAAGUAUGCUCUUCUGCUCCAACAAAUGAUGAAGGCUUGUCCGAAUUCUGUACUUAGCAAUUCAGAAAGGGGUAUACAAGAAAUUGAGGACCUCAAACAGGCUGAAGAAAUGGUAAGGUUCCAGUUGCGACACGGAAACGACUUACUGGCUAUGGACUCUAUACGAGAAUGCGACGUGAAUCUCAAGGAACAAGGCAGACUGAUAAGACAGAACGAAUUUUUAGUAUGGGAAGGAAGAACUGGAAAGAAAACAUUGCGCCAAGUGUUUUUAUUUGAAGAAUUGAUACUGUUUAGUAAAGCUAGAAGGUUCCCAGACCGAAAGAAUCUAGACUUGUAUAUAUACAAAAAUAGUAUCAAGAUGACGGACAUUGGUUUAACAGCGAAAAUAGGGGAGAGCCCUACCAAAUUCGAGAUAUGGUUUAGAAAACGGAAACCCAACGAUACCUUCACAUUGCAGUCGAUGACUGAGGAUGUUAAGAAGAUAUGGACUGAAGAAUUGUCUCAACUUCUAUGGAGGCAAGCAAUCAAAAAUAGAGCUGUCAGAAUGGCAGAGAUGUCAUCCAUGGGUAUUGGCAACAAGCCUUGUCUGGACAUAAGGCCUAGUGGAAACCAGAUUAGUGACAGAUCAAUCACUUUCGCCCAACUGAGUCGAAGUUCCACAUGUUUGUUCAUACAGGUCGUAGAUGUGCCGAUCGCAUGCGAUGACGAUAGCAGUAGUGAUUGUGAAAGUAUCUCUAGUGAUGAUUGUUUGAAUGAUAACUUUACUCACAGUGAAAGCGACUGUUACCGGUGGUUGUCUAAAUUUGCUGUUCCAAGAAUCCGCAACUCUAUUGUAGGUCCGGCAGUUGAAUCCUGCAGAACUGUGAAACGCCCCCAUUCCGUUAUAUCAAUGUCGAGCCUUUCGUCUAGUAGCACCAGCUCGGGAGGUUCUGGUGGUACGUCCACUGGACAGGCAAAUUCGCUGAAUCUCAGCUUUGAGUCAACAUGCGACAGUCCAAAGCCUUAUCACAGAUCUGCGACCCUUAAUAGUCAGUGUUCCGUAGAAAGUGGCAUCAUAGCUGAUAUGUCAGUGGGUUCAGACGAGUGUUCAGAGCAAGCCGCACCUACUGGCCUUUAGAAGAAUAUUUUGUACUUUUUUAAUUAAAAAAUGUUGACUGUUUUAAGUCAACACACACCAUGUGCCAGAUAUGUACCAAUUAGUUUUAAGUUAUAUUUUUAUUAUAUAAAACUUAUAAAAAUUACGUUAGUUAAAUAUAUUACUUUAACAAUUUGUUAGUGCACUUUGAUCUGUUGUAAAUAUUUGGAAUAUCAUUGUAAUUUAUUUUAUACUGUAUUAUCUAAUUUUCAAAAUGUUCAUGCUUUUGUAUGUUUUAAAGAAAAUCAUGGAACAAUCAACCUUCCUUUCGAAUAUCUAUUACAGAGUUUUGUUAUCGCCUAACACUUAAUUUAUUCGUUCUAGCCUGUACUUAAAUAUAAUUUACAAAUUCAUAACAAAAUCACAAUAGAAUCAGGGAAUUUUCCACUUUCUGUAAAUAUAUACACACAUUGACAGUACCUUCGGAGAUAUGUAAUUAAUAUAAAAAAAAACUAAUAUUUAAUAUAGAAUAUACUUAUAACAAAACUUGUAAACGCAUGGAUAAAUUUUUAUAAUACACAUAGUCAAUAUA